GAAGGCUGAGGCUGGGGGCUGCAGGCAAGAAGCUGGGCCAGGUCCUGGCCACUGCUGUCCUAGAGGACCUGCCGGGAUGUGCCUCUGAGGGCCACUCCGGAGCCCCCGCCAUGGCCCCCCGGGCCCUGUGGAGCUGCUACCUCUGCUGCCUGCUGACCACGGCCGUGGGGGCCGCGAGCUACCCCCCUCGGGGCUACAGCCUCUACACGGCGGGGGGCCGGACACUCAGCCCCGGAGGACCCCAGGCCCAGAGUGCACCCCGGCCUGCCAGCCGCCACAGGAAUUGGUGUGCCUACGUGGUGAGCCGCACGGUGAGCUGCGUGCUGGAGGAUGGCGUGGAGGCCUUCGUGAAGCCGGACUACCAGCCCUGCGGCUGGGGCCAACCUCAGUGUACUCGCAGCGUCACAUACCGCAGCUUUCUCCGGCCUCGGUACCGUGUGGCCUACAAGACAGUGACGGACAUGGAGUGGAGGUGUUGCCAGGGCUACCGUGGUGAUGACUGUGCUGAGAAUUCGGCCCCUGCGCUGGGCCCUGCCGUGGCCACCCCGCCCCCCCGGCCCUCCCGCCCCAACCUCUCCGGCUCCAGUGCCGGCAGCCACCUGAGUGGACUUGGUGGGGAAGGUCCUGGGACAUCGGAGAAGGUGCAGCAGCUGGAGGAGCGAGUGCAGGGCCUGACCAAGGACCUGCAGGGCCUCCGAGGCGUGCUGCAGGGACUGAACGGGCGCCUGGCGGAUGACGUUCAGAAAGCCGUGGAGACGGCCUUUAAUGGCCGGCAGCAGCCUGCAGACGCCGCUGCCCGCCCAGGCGUGCAUGAGACACUCCACGAGAUCCAGCGGCAUCUGCAGCUCCUGGACAACCGCGUCUCCACUCAUGACCAGGAGCUGGACCAUCUCAACAACAACCAUCACGGCGCUGGGGAUGGGGGUGGUGAUGACGGGGCCCGUGGGACACCAGAGCAGGCCCGGGGCCCUCCCAGCCCCUCCGAAGGGCUGCUGCGGGAGUUGGAGGUGCGGCUGCAGGAGUCGUGUCCAGCGUGCGUGACGGGGCUGGACAGCUUCCAACGGCAGCAGCAGGAGGAUCACGAGCGGCUGCUGGCCCUGGAGAAGCUGCUGGCCUCAGUGGAGGAGAGGCAGCGGCAACUUACCGGCCCGGGCCUAGGCCCCCGGCCUACGCAGGAAUGCUGUCCCCCGGAGCUGGGCCGCAGGCUAGCUGAGCUGGAGCGCCGGCUAGAUGUGGUGGCCGGCUCGGUGACAGUCCUAAGUGGCCGGCGAGGUGAAGAGCUGGGAGGCGCUGCAGGGCAGGGGGGUCAUCCCCCAGGCUACACCAGCUUGGCUUCCCGCCUCUCCCACCUGGAGGACCGAUUCAACUCCACCUUGGGGCCUUUAGAGGAGCAGGAGGAGACGAGGGGGCCUGGCCGGCCGGGAGGGCUGGUUCGCUGGCUGCCCUCAGCUGCCCGGGGCCAGCUGGAGAAGCUGGAGGGCCAGCUGGCCAACGUAAGCGGGGUGCUGGGUGGACGGCUGCAUGCCCUGGAGGACCAGGUGACUGGGGCCGUGCAGGCAUGUGGGCAGCUCUGCUCCGGGGCCCCGGUGGAGCAGGUCAGCAAGGGCCUCCGUGCUCUGGAGCACAGGGUGCUGGACAGCGAGGGGCAGCUGCGGAUGCUAAGCUCAGGCUUGCACAAGGUAGAGGCUGCUGGAGAGGCCCGGCAGGCGGUGCUGGAGGGGCUGCAGAGGGCCGUGGGGCAUCUCCAGAGCCGGGCAGAUGCCCAGGAGGAGGUGGCAGCCGAGUUGGCUCUGCGGUUGAACAUCACAGCCACACGGUUGGGCCACUUGGAGGCCCUGCUGCAGGCCCGUGGGGACGAGGGCUGUGGGGCCUGUGGAAGGGUACAGGAUGAACUGGGCCACCCGCGUGGUGACGGCGUGGAACGCUGCCCCUGUCCACUCCUGCCUCCCCGGGAACCCGGAGCAAGCUCUGGUACCGGGGGACCGAGCCGGGGACCUCUGGACGGCUUCAGUGUGUUUGGGGGCAGCUCAGGCACGGCCCUGCAGACUUUGCAGGGUGAGCUCUCAGAGGUGAUUCUGACCUUCAGCUCCCUCAACGACUCCCUGCACGAGCUGCAGACGGCCGUGGAGGGCCAGGGCUCCGAUCUGGCCGACUUGGGGGCCACCAAGGACCGAAUCAUCUCUGAGAUCAACCGGCUGCAGCAAGAAGCUUCAGAGCAUGUGACCGAGAGCGAGGAACGUUUUCGGGGCCUGGAGGAGGGACAGGCCCAGGCCAGCCAGUGCCCCAGCCUCGAGGGUCGCCUGGGUCGCCUGGAGGGCAUCUGCGAUCGGCUGGACACAGUGGCUGGGGGCCUGCAGGGCCUGCGCGAAGGCCUCUCCAGACAUGUGGCUGGGCUCUGGGCCGGCCUGCGGGAAGCCAACGACACCAGCCAGACUCAGGCGGCCCUGCUGGAGAAGCUGCUGGGAGGGCAGGCAGGCCUGGGGCGGCGGCUGGGUGCCCUCAACGGCUCCGUGUUGCUGCUGGAAGACCAGCUGCAUCAGCUCAGCCUCCAGGACCUCACUGGGCCUGCAGGUGAGGCUGGGCCCCCAGGGCCUCCAGGACUGCAGGGACCCCCAGGUCCUGCUGGACCUCCAGGAUUUCCUGGCAAGGAUGGACAACAGGGACCUAUGGGGCUGCCCGGUCCCCAAGGAGAACAGGGAGUGGAAGGAGCACCUGCAGUCUCUGGGCCCCGGGUGGCCUUCUCAGCUGCCCUGAGCCUGCCCAGGUCUGAGCCGGGCACAGUGCCCUUCGACAGAGUCCUGCUCAAUGAUGGAGGUUACUAUGACCCUGCCACGGGUGUGUUCACUGCACCAGUGGCAGGGCGCUAUUUGCUGAGUGCAGUGCUAACCGGUCAUCGGCACGAGAAAGUGGAGGCUGUGUUAUCCCGCUCCAACAUCGGGGUGGCCCGCAUCGACUCGGGGGGCUACGAGCCUGAGGGCCUGGAAAACAAGCCGGUGGCCGAGAGCCAGCCCAGCCCAGGUGCGUUGGGCGUCUUCAGCCUCAUCUUGCCGCUGCAGGCCGGGGACACAGUGUGCAUCGACCUGGUCACCGGCCAGCUAGCACACUCGGAGGAGCCACUCACCAUCUUUAGUGGAGCCCUGCUGUAUGGGGACUUGGAGCUGGAACAGGCGUAGAUGGGUUUGAGGACCCUUUGA